AUGCUGACCCGCCUGUUCAGCGAGCCCGGUCUCCUCUCGGACGUGCCCAAGUUCGCCAGCUGGGGCGACGGCGACGACGACGAGCCGAGGAGCGACAAGGGCGACGCGCCGCCGCCGCCGCCGCCGCCUCCGCCGGGGCCCGGGGCUCCGGGGCCCGCCCGGGCUGCCAAGCCAGUCCCUCUCCGUGCAGACGAGGUGCCGGAGGCCGCGCUGGCCGAGGUCAAGGAGGAAGGCGAGCUGGGGGGCGAGGAGGAGGAGGAAGAGGAGGAGGAGGAAGGGCUGGACGAGGCAGAGGGCGAGCGGCCCAAGAAGCGCGGGCCCAAGAAGCGCAAGAUGACCAAGGCGCGCCUGGAGCGCUCCAAGCUGCGGCGGCAGAAGGCGAACGCGCGGGAGCGCAACCGCAUGCACGACCUGAACGCGGCGCUGGACAACCUGCGGAAGGUGGUGCCCUGCUACUCCAAGACGCAGAAGCUGUCCAAGAUCGAGACCUUGCGCCUGGCCAAGAACUACAUCUGGGCGCUCUCGGAGAUCCUGCGCUCCGGCAAGCGGCCCGACCUGGUGUCCUACGUGCAGACGCUGUGCAAGGGUCUGUCGCAGCCCACCACCAACCUGGUGGCCGGCUGCCUGCAGCUCAACUCGCGCAACUUCCUCACGGAGCAGGGCGCCGACGGCACGGGCCGCUUCCACGGCUCGGGUGGCCCGUUCGCCAUGCACCCCUACCCGUACCCGUGCUCGCGCCUGGCGGGCGCACAGUGCCAGGCGGCGGGCGGCCUGGGCGGCGGAGCGGCGCACGCCCUGCGGACCCACGGCUACUGCGCCGCCUACGAGACGCUGUAUGCGGCUGCGGGCGGCGGCGGCGCGAGCCCGGACUACAACAGCUCCGAGUACGAGGGCCCGCUAAGCCCCCCGCUCUGUCUCAAUGGCAACUUCUCACUCAAGCAGGACUCGUCGCCCGACCACGAGAAGAGCUACCAUUAUUCUAUGCACUACUCGGCGCUGCCCGGCUCGCGGCCCACGGGCCACGGGCUGGUCUUCGGCUCGUCGGCUGUGCGCGGGGGCGUCCACUCGGAGAAUCUCUUGUCUUACGAUAUGCACCUUCACCACGACCGGGGCCCCAUGUACGAGGAGCUCAAUGCGUUUUUCCAUAACUGAGACCUCGCGCCUGCCCCUUUCUUUUUCUUUUGCCUUUGCCCUCACCCCUGCCCCCAGCCCCCCUCCCAGCGCAAGGGGACCCCCACCUAUCCUGGCGCCGGGCGCGGGGAGCGGGCCGCCGCCGGUACUGACCCUCUCUAGGGCAGUGCAGUCCUCUUACCUGUGGGUGGCCCGUCCCAGGGGCCUCGCUUCCCCCAGGGGACUCGCCUUCUCUCUCCCCAAGGGGUUUCCUCCUCUUUCCCAGGGGUGGUUCUCCAGGGACCCAUCUUUGGGCACUCCCUAGAGACCACCCCACAUUUCCUAAUCCCUACACCUAGGUUUCCUCCUCCCCUUCCCCCCUGCAGGCCCAAAGGCAUUGGCAAGGGGGCAGCUGAGCUGUGGGAUACUGUUUUCCCCCUAUUGUUGUUGUCGUUGUUGUUAUUAUUAUUAUUAUCAUCAUCGUUAUUAUUAUCAUUAUUAUUAUUAUCAUAACAGACACCGAGCUGCCGAGGCAGAAAGGAGCCGGGCGCCCCCUCUUUCUUGAAGAGGGCAUAAGUCAGGGCGCCCGAGUCUGGACCUGGAACGCCCUCGCCCCAACCCCUAGUCUCAGCGUUUUGUGAGUUUAAUUUUGGCGGGAGGAAGUGUGGAUUGAGAGGAAAGAGAGAGGCCAAGACAAUUUGUAACUAGAAUCCGUUUUUCCCUUUUCCUUUUUUUAAACAAACAAACAUACAAAAAAAAAAAAAAAAAAAAAGCUGAGAGGCGACGGAGGCCGAACGCAGAGUCCGGAUCGGAGAGAAAACGCAGUAAGAACUUUUAGAAGCAAUAAAAGGCAAAAAAUACUACUACCAAUAAUAAAAAGACACAAAUAUCUAUGCAAGGAGGUUCUGACAGAGCCUAGCGGCCCGGCCCGGCUCCGGGAUGCCCC